AUGAAUCAAGAAAAUUUAAAUGAUAACCAGUUAGAAAAUACCUUAGAAAGUCCUGCGGAAACUAAAUCAGAAAACUCCCUCUUGGGAGCCUUAUCGAAAUGUCUAACUUUUGCCCCCCUGAUGUUAGAACAGUUUACCGGACAAAAAGUUCCACAGAUGAGUGGCACGAUGGCUGAGAUCCAGCAAGGAGUUAUUCAAUUAACCGCUAACUUGCAGAAAAAAACCAAGAAUACGAAUAAUAUGAACUUCCUCGGUAUCGAUUUAAAACCUUUAACUACUGAAAUCUCCAAAUUCAGUCAAGGUCAACAACAAAUUAUCACUCUUUUAAAAGAGAAUAAUCAAUUACAAAAACAAAUUCUUAGCCAGUUAGGAGGCAAGGUUGAAUAA